UUUUAUGCUGUUUUUUAUUAUAUAGAAUGCAAUAUUUUAAACUAUAGUUAAAUUUUUGUCUUAAUGUUUUCCCUUGUCAUCAUCCUUCCCCAGCCAUUGUACUCAUGGUUUCAUCUGCCCACUACCAGUGCUUUGAGGCCAUCCAAAUUAUGUAGUUUAGUGAAAUCUAUGUUUUGGGGCAAUUCAGAGUUCCGAGAUUUUCUGUCUAUAAUGCACAGGGCUAGAAUAGCUCCAGAAGAUUUCAAGAAGCAUAGUCGUCCAACAUCGUCGAUCAAUACCAUUCAUGAUCUAAUUCAGCAAAGCAAUGGUCCUUCUAACAUAUCGAGUUUAGAUGGAGCAAAAGGUGCAACUACUAACUCCGAUAAUGAAGUGCAAGAGUUGUUUUGGUGCCAGAAAAGCUAAGGCAGACGCCACAAGCGACAGCCACCUCCGCUCGCAAGCGACGGUUAUAUCACCCAGAAAAGACUAAGAUAAGAGAAGCAAAUGGUAGCUUCCACCACUUGCAAGCGACAGUCUCUCCCGCUCACUAGCAACGGCCCAGAUGCCCACCGCUGCAGAAUGACAACAAAUAUUGGCUAAGUGUUCCAAGUGCAGUGGUACAGCCAUUCCAUUACCAGCCAGCACAAGCAAGCCUAGCUGCGCUAAUGCCCUCCAGCCCUCCGGCAAGCGAGGAAGAUCUGAGCCCUUACAAUCCUAUGCAAGCGAAGCAAGCACCCUAGGAGUUAUGGCCAACAACUGCUUCAACAAAAUAACUACCAUCAACCGCCUAACUUCCUAGUGGUUGAAACUGCUUUGUAACUGCUUGCAACCGUUCCUUUUCACCUACUAUAAAUAGGGCCAGAUAUCUGUAUGUAGAUAUACUUCGAUUUGGAGUAUUAUAGCGAUUAAUUUCCUGCGCAUUCUAGCUGUCUUCCUGUUAUUCAAGAGCUCCAACCCUGUAAGGGAGUUCUCCAUAGGAAUGGCCAAGGGAGUAGGGAUUUUCCUUCUCCCUUGGCCAAGACUUUACCGCUUAGUUAGUGUAGCUUUACUGCUUUCAAUUACAGCUUUGUAGAAUUAGCAAUUCUAAUUUUAUUAGUAAGUAAUGAAAUAUCAUUCA